AUGCCGCCUCGAAGAUCUCACAAGAAGUCUCGUGCCGGCUGUAGGAGAUGCAAGAUCCGCAAGAUCAAGUGCGACGAGGUCCAUCCGAGAUGCGGCAACUGCCAUAGACAUGGCGUAGUAUGCGACUUCGAGUCGACGGACGCAGCCGACGAGCUGGCCACCAUCCCUACACCCGCUGCCGGCCCGACGAGUCCCAUGCCACCGCCCACGCCCUCACCCAUGGCCGCCACGCCGACGACGACGACGACGACGACGACGACGACCCUCCACCUCCCCCACGAUAUCUUGAACGGCAGCAGCAGCGGCGGCAGCAACGGCGGCAACGGCAGCACCAACGGCCACGGCUUCGACCACGGCCAGGGCCGCAACCACCACAGCCACCACCACCCGUCACGCUCGUCACCCAUGCCGCCCCCGCCGGCGCAUCUGCCGCCACCCCCGCGGCUGCCCCCGGCCUCGAGCCUGCCCGGCCAGGUCGACCGGCUGAUGGAGCUGCGGCUGAUGCACCAGUACACGUACGUGACGUCCAAGACGCUGCUGACCAACUCCCCGCUGGCCGACGACAUCUGGCAGCGGGCCGUGCCGCAGAUGGCCUUUGCCGGCCGGACGUACCUGGCCGACGCCGUGCUGUCGGUGGCGGCCCUGCACCUGCGGUCGCAGUCCCCGGACGACAAGGCCCUGGUGCACGCCUCGCACGCCUACACGGCCUCGACCCUGGCCGAGUACUGCGCCUCGCUGGACCGGGGCAUCACGUCCGACAACGCCGAGGCCCUCUUCCUGACGGCCUCGCUCAUCGCCUUCCAGUCGGUGGCCUCGCGCAUCUUCGCCAAGGACGACGCCGAGGCGGACCCGGACGACCCCAACGCGCGCUACGCCCUCCCGCUGCCCUGGUUCCACGCCUUCCAGGGCGUCAAGACGGUCGUCGCCAGCUCGUGGCCGUGGAUCCGCACCAGCAGCAUCGUCAAGACCGUCAUCGACUCCCAGCCGAGCCUGCAGCUCGACCUCGACCCCCUCGGCCCCGGCUCCUUCUUCGGCCACCUCCUGGACGGGAUAGCGGAGGAGCUCGCGCGCGAGGAGCCCCACCUGGUCCAGGCCACCACCCAGUGCUACUCCCACGCCGUCUGCGUCCUCAACUGGGCCCACAAGAGCGCCCACCCGGCCGCCACCCUGGCCUUCCCGGCCACCGUCGCCCGCCGCUUCAUAGAGCUGGUCGAGCUCAAGAGGCCGCGCGCCCUCGCCAUCAUCGCCUGCUUCUUCGCCCUGCUCAAGCGGCUCGACAGCGUCUGGUGGCUGCACGACGUCUCCAAGCGGGAGGUCAUGGGCCUCGUCGGCCUGUUCGAGCCCGGAUCCAAGUGGUGGCGCCACCUCGAGUGGCCGGUCCGCAUCGCCCUCUGGGACGGCGGCGGCGACGACAUACCGCCCGACGUCUGGGGCGUCGACUGGGACCAGCUCGAUCACCAGGGCAUCCCGCACAACUGCGGAGACGGUCACGGCUUCGUCAACCACAUCGAGCUCGUGGCCGAACUGAUGGGCCAGUCUACCAAUGACCUGCUCAGCGUCGCCACCCCGUUUACCGGCGAGCCACCGCUCACGGCGGAAUCGCCGGAUUGA